GUACCUGGCCUCCGGCUAGGCGGUGGAGGUGGGGUUGAAAAGGGGAGAGGAAAAGAUCGAAACUUGAAUCGACUCUGACCCCACCUAGGUGUGCCCCUUUCUGCUGCUGUUUAAUCACAGCUUCAGGCAUUUUAGCAAUGGCACUACUGAGAUCAGCAUCGUCGAUGGCGGAGGAGGGUUCUGUGUUGACGGCCAUUGCAAUCGAUAAGGACAAGAAUAGCCAGUGCGCAGUGAAAUGGGCGGUGGAUAAUUUGUUGACAGGAAAUUCCUCCCAAAUCAUCCUCGUUCAUGUCCGAAAUCAAAGCUUGCAUCCGUAUGAUUUUGAAGUCUCUCCUAAAGAGGGUCGGCCACCAACUGAAGCUGAAUUCAAUCAAUUCUUCCUUCCCUUCCGAGGAUUCUGUGCUCGAAAAGGGAUUGAGGCAAAGGAGGUUGUGCUCCAUGACAUUGAUAUCGCAAGUGCAAUUGUAGAUUACGGCAUUCACAAUUCAAUCAACAAUAUUGUUGUUGGUGCUUCCAGCCAUAAUUCUUUUAUAAGGAAAUUUAGAAAUGCAGAUGUGCCUGCUAGCUUACUCAAAUCUGCACCAGAAUCCUGUGCAGUGUAUGUUAUAUCAAAAGGAAAAAUUCAGUCUUCCCGUCUGGCAGCCCAAGCUCAGACACCCACAAGUGGCACAACUAAAAUAAAAGGACAAUCCUUAAAGGGAUUCCGUACUUAUUCUAAACUUGCACCUGAUAGCCCCAGAGUGGAAGAGAUGGACCUAGGUGUUUUAAGCCACCGGGGUAGAAGUGAUUCCUUAAAGGUUUCACCUAGUACCAAAUUCAAGUUGAUUGAUGAGAUUCCUUCACCUCCACUGUCAUUGGGCAGUCAAACAUCGGAAUCCUUAGAUAGAGAUUCACUGUCUGAUGGAAAUGAUAUGCCAGGGCCACCUAGUUUCCCAUCAACAACAGAUGCAUCUGGUGAAAAGUUAGAAUUCACUUUGAAGAGUUCCACUUCUCUCUCCCGUCAAAACCCACAAUAUUUGGAGGCUGAGAUGAGGAGAUUACGGAAUGAAUUGAAGCAAUCUAUGGAACUAUAUAACUUGGUUAGCAAAGAAGCUGCUGCAUCAAAACAAAGAGCAAGGCAACUUCGGGAAUGGAAAGCAGCAGAAGAGUGCAAGUUGGAGCAAGCCAGGCUUGCUGAAGGCGCAGCAUUGGCUUUGGCAGAGGCAGAGAGGCAGAAGACCAAAGCUGCAAUGGAAGAAGAACAGACGGCACAACUUCUAGCAGAUCUAGAGGCACAGAAAAGACAACUUGCAGAAAUGAAGGCCAAACGUGAGGCAAAUGAGACAAAAAGAGCAUUGGACCGGUUGGCUUACAAAAAAGCAAUGUACAGAAAAUACAGCAUUAAUGAGAUUGAAAUUGCAACAGAUUACUUUGCAGACUCGCAUAAAAUUGGUGAAGGGGGAUAUGGACCAGUUUUUAGAGCCACGCUUCAUCACACUCCUGUUGCCAUCAAGGUCUUAAGGCCAGACAUGUCCCAAGGACAGAAGCAAUUCCAGCAAGAGGUUGAAGUUCUAAGCUGCAUGAGACAUCCACAUUUGGUUCUGCUCCUUGGUGCCUGCCCUGAGUAUGGAUGCUUAAUUUACGAGUACAUGGAAAAUGGCAGCUUAGAAGACAGGCUAUUUAGGAAAGACAACACUCCCUCAAUCUCAUGGAAAACCCGCUUCAGAAUAGCUGCUGAAAUUGCAACCGGCCUUAAUUUCCUUCACCAAACAAAGCCAGAACCACUGGUGCAUCGUGACCUUAAGCCUGGCAAUAUUCUCUUAGACCAGAAUUACGUGAGUAAGAUCAGCGAUGUUGGUUUGGCCCGGCUGGUUCCACCAUCUGUGGCUGAUAGUGUCACUCAAUAUCGCUUGACAGCAGCUGCAGGUACAUUUUUUUACAUUGAUCCAGAGUAUCAGCAAACUGGAAUGCUUGGUGUAAAGUCAGAUUUGUAUUCAUUGGGUGUGGUGCUAUUACAAAUUAUUACGGCUAGGCGUCCAGUAGGUCUGACCAUCCAAGUGCGGGAGGCCAUUGAGAAAGGAAAUUUACAGGAAGUGCUUGAUCCAACUGUACCAGAUUGGCCUAUUGAAGAAGCUUUAUCAUUGGCAAAACUAGGUUUACAGUGCUGUGAACUGAGGAAAAGAGACAGACCAAAUCUUGCCUCAGUUGUAUUGCCUGAGCUGAACCACCUAAGAGAUCUUGGAUCAGAAAAUGAAGCCACCAUCAGUGAGAAGACUAUGCAUGAACAGCAUUCUUGCAAUUCAGUUCCAGAAAUGGAAACUCAUUCGAAUUCAGUUCCAGAGUUUGAAAGUCAUUCAAAUCAGGAAGGCCAUGAAGAAGAAUCCUAACAUGGAAAUGGAAAUUCAACAUAGAUCUUCGUGCAAAGUGGGUUGCAGCACUUGAAGUACAAGACUAGAAUGUGGAACAUGAGAAGAUCCAGCAUUCUUCCACCAUCUAGUUUACAAAUAGGAAGGUCAAGGAGGAAGUCCAUCGAAGCAGCUUGUUGGUCAUUUGUAAGUUGUUCAGUAACUCCUGCUCAGCUAAGAGAAUUGAAGUCAUUUUCAUACCAAACUUACAAACAUUGAACUAUGCAGUAGCCACCCACAAUCCUCUGUACUGAUUUUGGAUACCAAAACAACAGUUUUUAAGUUUUCCAGGAUCUGUUUACUUGUUAUUUAUCAGAUAAAGAUGAGACUUAAUA